UGAUCUACGAAGUAUUAUCAGUUUAUCACGUUACCCAAACUAGUCGAAUUAGGGCAUACCGUAGCUCGCUGGGACAGUUGUUUGUUUCUCACGAAAAAGAAAGAAAAAUAUUUACUGUAUUUCCAUAAUAGUUUCUCCCAUCUUUGGAAGCCAAGACUGGAUUCUUCUGUAGGUCAUUAUAAAGUCGAAGCAUUCUUAUUUUACGAUAGAAGGAAGCUCCCUCGGAAAUUUUCUCGAGAAAAUUUCAGUCUCCAAUAAUGGCUGGUAGAAAGUUGGUUCGCGAUUUGUUGCUUGCAAGACGGCCUCUUUCUCUUCAUUUAGCAUCUCAACAGGGUUCGAAUGGGAGAUUGAGAUUGAUAUCGGUAAAUGGAUACUCGGGUAAUCGUCUAUUCAGUGUGUUUAAUGAGUUUUCCCAGAAAGUCAAGGGUGAAGCCAAAAGCGACCCAGAAUUUCAGAAAUCGGUUAAGGAGUUUAAAGAGAAGGCGGAAGAGCUUAAAGGGAUGAAAGAAGAGUUGAAAGUUAGGUAAUAAUAUAUGUAAUAUAGUGUUGUUUUUUUGCAUAACGGUAGGAUUUUUAGGUAAUAGGCUGAGGCAUACUGUUGUAUGUCAAGGGAGUGCCUGAGAUGGUCAAAUGGCGUGCAGAACGAAGCAGACAACAGAGCAGCUCUACAAGCAUGUGGAUGGUGUGUGGUCGGAGGCUGAAGCUACAGCUAAAAAAGUUAAGGAAACUUUUGGGAUUGGGAAACAAGAGUCUUCAGAGUAUAGUGGUGCUGCAUCUGAGAAUGGGAGUGGCACUAGCACACAAAAUGGAGGUAAGGCAUCGUUUGGGGCUGGGGAAAAGGAGCACAAUGAGUCUGGCUCCGCUGAUACUGCAGAAACUUUGUUUGGAAAAAUUAAGAUGGGCAUUUCUUCUCCAAAGGUCUUCCAAAAGUGGAGGGAAGCUAAGGUCAUUGACAUUGCCAAGAAAGGAUAUGACAUUGUGAAGGAUGAACUAAGCAGCACACCAAGUAAGAGAAAGCACCUUGAGUAUACACCUUCCCCAUCAAUGGGUGAAAGAAGUACAAGAACGGAUAUUGUUAUUUUACCCUCACAGCAAUCCCGUUUAGGAAAAAAGUGGGAGGCCUUCAAAGAGAAGAUGCAAGGACAUCCAUUAUUCAAGCACAUUAGCAGGUUUGGUGAACCUGUUGCAACAAAGAGCCAAGAGAUUGCAGAGGAUAUGCGGGAAAGAUGGGAGACUAGUGAUAACCCCAUUGUUCACAAAAUUCAGGACAUCAAUGAGAGUAUCUUCCAAGAAACAGAUGCUGCAACAUCAUUCAAAGAAAUAUGCCAUCGUGAUCCAUCUUUCUCUUUACCAGAGUUUGUGGCAGAAGUUCAGGAAGCAAUCAAGCCCGUCCUUAAUGCUUACAUGAAGGGAGAUGUCGAAACGUUGAAGAAGUAUUGUAGCCCUGAAGUUAUUGAAAGGUGUAAAGCAGAGCAUAAUGCCUAUCAAAGCCAUGGUAUAUUUUUUGAUAACAAGAUUCUACAUAUUUCUGAUGUAGAAGUCAGAGAGACGAAAAUGAUGGGAACCUCCCCCAUUAUCAUUGUCGCAUUCCAAACACAACAAGUCCAUUGUGUGCGUGAUAGAGGAGGAGCAAUAACAGAAGGUGGAAAGGACACAAUCCACACCGUAUAUUAUGCUUGGGCCAUGCAGCAAGUGGAUGUGGAAGAACUUGGAGAACUGGCGCUUUAUCCAAUAUGGAAGCUUAGAGAAAUGCAACAAAUGGGUGUGCAAGCCCUCAUCUAGACUUUUAUUGUCAGGAUCCCAUCUUAUUAAUGGGUUGUCUGGUUUCAAUUUUACUCAUGUUCGUCAUUUAUGCUGAGUUGCUCCUUGUAGUGUUGGUGUUUUUCGGGGAACAUUUAACUGAUAUACAUUUUUUAAUUUAUUUAAUGAAAUGCUGAAAUUUUG